AUGCAAAUUGCUCAGAGCCGUCAGAAGAGUUAUGCAAACAUCAGGCGUAGGGAACUCGAGUUCGUGGUAAGUGAGCAGGUGUUUCUUCGUGUGGCACCCAUGAAGGGAAUUUUACGUUUUGGGAAGAAGGGGAAGCUCAGUGCAAGGUUCAUUGGGCCUUUUGAGAUUUUGGAACGUAUCGACCGAGUCGCGUAUAGGUUGGCUUUGCCACCAUCGUUGGCUGCGGUUCACAAUGUGUUUCACGUGUCGAUGCUGAGGAGGUACAUUCAUGACCCUUCGCACGUUUUGGAUCCUGAACCAUUACAACUCGAUGAGUCUUUAUGCUACGAAGUGGUACCUGUCAAAAUUUUAGCAGGAGAAACCAAGUUGCUAAGGAACCGGACGAUUCGUUUAGUUAUGGUUUUGUGGAGAAACCACCAAGUGGACGAAGCUACUUGGGAACGGGAGGACGAUAUCAAGGCGAGAUACCCUGAACUGUUGGAACAGUCAACUUUCGAGGACGAAAGUUUUUGA